AACAGUUCAGUGUGUUAGUAAGAGUCAUGUAAUAUUUCAUACGUUAUUUGAAACAGUAGAGAAUUUCUGAUAAAAAAUGACGAGUGUAUCAGCCAAAUAUAUAAAAUUUAUCCAGACUGGCUUGGACCUUAAUGAAGUGGAAAGUGCUACUGAAGAGCUUGAAAAUGAAAACUCUGGCAGCUUCCUUGGUCUAAUAAAAAAAAUAUGUAUUCAUGAGAAAACUGGCGUUGAACAUAGGUUAGUACUAAAAAUAGCCCCUCGAGACCCGGCCAUAAGGGUGGCAAGACCAAUCGCCUUAGCUUUUAAUAGAGAAUAUGAAAUUUACAGUAAAAUCCUGCCAGAACUGGAAAAUUUCCAAACUCUACAUAAAAUAUCAGCUCCAUUUACUGGAUAUGCUCGAUUUUAUGGAGGCUCUAUUCAAGAAGGAGAUGAAACGAUUCUAAUGGAAGAUCUUAGCUUUAAAGGGUUCAAAUGUCAUAACGAAUAUGAUGGUAUGAACUUUAAGCAUAUGAGUCUAAUGUUUGAGGAAUAUGCAAAGUUACAUGCUGCUUCCUUAGCUUUAGGAUACAAAGAUCCUGGUAAGUUUAAAGAACUCACAGCCAGUUUAGAGCAAAACAUUUUUCAAAUAAGAGAAGCCAAGAACCCCGAGCGUUACAAUCUUCUACGACAAACAGUGACAGAAAUGGGAAAAAGAGCUAUAAAGAGCAACAAACAGGCCGAAAGAGCUCAUAAGAAGUUUACCGAAUUAUUUCCAGAUUUCUGGAAAAAUUAUACGGGGAAUCCUGAGAAGGAGAUUCUUGUGAUAAGUCAUGGAGAUUGUCAUCCAAAUAAUAUGUUAUUUGCAUAUAAAAAUGAAGUCAAUGUGGAUCCUAAGAAAAUUUGUUUCAUAGAUUGGCAACUUUCUUCCAAAGAAACUCCGAUUCACGAUCUGAGUUUUGCUCUAUGUGGUUGCGCCUCUAAGGAAGCUCUUAGUCGUAUUGAUGAUCUUUUUGGAAUAUACCAUAAAACUUUAGCACAAAAUUUGAGGGAAUUUGGGUGUAAUCCUGAAAAAAUAUUCAGUUAUGAAGAUUUCCACGAGCACUGGAAAAGGCAUUUCCUCUAUGGACUAUACAGAGGCCAGAUGACGUUAAAGUUGAUCCUGAUGAGUCCAAGACAAAAACAAGAAGCCGCAAAAUUCCCAUCAAUAUUGGACAUAUUAGCAAACGAUUCCCUAUCAAAUCCCACCUUUACUCAACGAAUGCAGGAUCUUUUUGAAAUCCUUGGAGAACGUUGGCUGAAACACUAAAUCAGAAUAAAAAUAAAAAUUAG